UCAUAUCAGAGAAAAUGAAACGAACGUCGGUAUCAACUUGGUUUCUCAUUGUCUGCCUCUCCCUGGUAGCCGUGCAGAGCCAAUACAACUCGAAGAGCCGACCAUAUGAUCCCAAGGCGGAGAAGGUCACUGAUCUCCACUUCUUUUUGCACGAAUCCCUCGACGGUCAGAACCCUACGGCGGUCGUGAUAGCCCAAGCUAACAUCACAACAAACAACUCGACAGUGCCGUCCCGCACCUUAUCUGCCGUCGAUGAUCCUCUCCGGACAGGCCCUGAGCCUAGCUCGGAGGUUAUUGGAAAUGCUCAGGGACUCGCCGUCAUUGCCGGCGUAAAUUCAACGGUCGCAGUGACGUACUUCGAUUUCGGGUUUACUGGGGGUGAGUUUAACGGCAGCUCUUUAAGCAUGUUUUCGAGGAAUCAGCUCACCAUGACGGAACGUGAGAUGUCGGUGGUCGGAGGAACAGGAGAAUUCAGAAUGGCGAGAGGGUUUGCAAUAAUCAACCCUUACUUGAUAAACGCCACCAAUGUCAUUCUUGAGUUUAAUGUCACCGUAGUUCAUUACUGAGAUGAGAUCCCAGUCAAUCUGCUCCAUUUUAUUAGAAUAAAUGCAUGAGAAACUUAAUAGGUGGAUAUGAAUUACAAUUUCAUAUUUUA